GGGGUAGACUAGCAUCCACAAACUCCUCCCACGUGACUUGUACACUUUAGCUCAGGCUUUUGCGCAAAUGGGGAAUCAUCAUCGAACCAUUUUCCAACUCUUCAAUGCCAAAAGCCGAGAUACCGAAUAUCAUUUCACACUGCCCAACCAACUUAAUCAAACCUGUUCAGUCGCUUGUCUGACCUACAUCUUUCGAAAUGGCGAUUGCACCUAUCACUGGUAUGCUCCGACGAGGCCUCGUCGCUGAUCUCGCCAUUGCCCUUGGACUCGGCGUAACUUUCGGUACCCUAUACUGGCACGGAUACCACAUGCCCCGCACUCACGGCCGAGACAACUUCUACAAGCAGCUUGAGGAGGAGCGUGCUGCUCGAACAGGAUAAGAAAGGAUCGAUCGAUUAUAUCGGAAAAGCCGAGAAGACAUGGAGUAGUACAUACGAUACUAA